AUGCACAGAAACUCUCGCGAGUGGGUUUUCUACGUGUUUCUCUGCUUUGGAGUCAUCUAUGUCAAACUGGGAGCUCUGUCGUCUGUGGUGGCUCUAGGCGCCAACAUCAUCUGCAACAAGAUCCCGGGCCUGGCGCCGCGGCAGAGAGCCAUCUGCCAGAGUCGGCCGGAUGCCAUCAUCGUGAUCGGGGAAGGGGCGCAGAUGGGCGUCGACGAGUGCCAGCACCAGUUCCGCUACGGACGCUGGAACUGCUCCGCCCUGGGAGAGAAGACCGUCUUCGGACAGGAGCUGCGCGUUGGGAGCAGGGAGGCCGCGUUCACCUACGCCAUCACGGCAGCUGGGGUGGCCCACGCCAUCACGGCCGCCUGCAGCCAGGGGAACCUCAGCAACUGCGGCUGUGACCGGGAGAAGCAGGGCUACUACAACCAGGAGGAAGGAUGGAAGUGGGGAGGAUGCUCGGCCGACGUCCGCUACGGCAUCGACUUCUCCCGGAGAUUCGUGGACGCCCGCGAGAUCAAGAAGAACGCCCGGAGGUUGAUGAACCUGCACAACAAUGAGGCCGGGAGAAAGGUCCUGGAAGAGCGGAUGAAACUGGAGUGCAAAUGCCACGGCGUGUCGGGGUCCUGCACCACCAAGACGUGCUGGACGACCCUCCCCAAGUUCCGCGAGAUCGGCUACGCGCUGAAGGAGAAGUACAACUCGGCCGUCCAGGUGGAGGUGGUGCGGGCCAGCCGGCUGAGGCAACCCACAUUCCUCAAGAUCAAGCAGAUCCGCAGCUACCAGAAGCCCAUGGAGACCGACCUGGUCUACAUCGAGAAGUCGCCCAACUACUGCGAGGAGGACGCCGCCACGGGGAGCGUGGGCACCCAGGGCCGCCUCUGCAACCGUACGUCCCCCCACGCCGAGGGCUGCGACAUGAUGUGCUGUGGGCGCGGCUACAACACGCACCAGUACACCAAGGUAUGGCAGUGCAACUGCAAGUUCCACUGGUGCUGCUUCGUCAAAUGCAACACGUGCAGCGAGAGGACAGAGGUGUUCACCUGCAAAUAGGGACGGGCGCCCGCGUGGGUGGAUUUGAAUGGACGGGGUGCGGCCCGCCGCCGGCCAAGGUGGCGGGAGGCCCGCUCGGCGCCAAGAGCAUCAUUUUGCACAAGGAGUUUUCUAGGGGGAAGUCGAGGAAUGGUCCCCUCCCUCUCUCUCUCUCUCCACCCGCCACGGCCUCCUGACGCUCCCGGGAAGACGUCCUUUCCAGUGGGCCCUCGGGACCCUCAACCAUUCAGGAAAAUAAGGGCGAUGGGGGGUUUCUGGCCCCGAGAUUCUCCCCCUCCCCACUGACCGCCAGCCGCUUGUCUUUUCUCAGUGUAUUCUGGAUAUCACCCCUCAUCUUCUGACCCGAGGUCAAAGUUCUACAUAUCAGAGAGCGAGUCCCAUCCGGAACUUGGUUUGGAAAGCCAAACGGUCCUCUCUGCUUCCCUCCCUUCCCCCACCGCCUUUUUGGAGAGGAAAGGAAACUGAGACUCCGUCAUUUUUUUUUUCCCAAGCGAGGCGGAAGAAGUUUAGAAAAACGACACGGGGGUUUUUGACCACUGCUUGGGAGCAGAUCGGUUGGCACGGGGAUGUGGCGGGGGACGGAGAGAGGGGCGAAACCUUGGAAAAACACCACUAUCGGCUGAGCGAGCCUCGUGAAGGAGGCCAGCGGUCACUGCCGGUGACACUGGAGCUGCGUGAAUGGACACUGAAGAGAAUUAUUUAUGUUUAAUACCAUCCAAAAGAAUUCUAAGCACUAACGGGUAGCCGCGUCUUCAUUCUGUACUAAAUGUAAACUUAUCGGGACUGACUUUUACUAUCUUUCUCUCUGAUUACCCCCGAGUUUUUCGGUGCUACUGAUCUGUCUGUUUUCAUAGAGUACUGAUAGGCCUUAACAGGUGAUAUGAACUGAGCGAGAUCGGAGGCUGCACCUCCCCCCCACCCCCCAGCCCCCACUCCUCAGCCCUGACGUGUCCAGGCUUCCGAUCACAGCUAGUUUUUAUUCUGGGUCCGGGAUCCCUCCCUCCAAUCAUGGCACAUAAUUAUUUUUUUUUCCUGGGCCCCCGAUCCCAUCCCCUAAUCACAGCCCAUUUUUUUUUUUUCCCUCUUGGAAACUGCCAACUUCCAAACCACAUUCCUGGAUCCAGCGGGACCAUUUUGGCAUUCAGACAGGAGGCCAUAUGGUCUCUGACUCCGGAACCCCCACUGGGCGCUGUGGGACUCUAGACUGUAAGCUCGUUGUGGGCAAGGGAUGUGGCUACCAACUCUGUUAUACCGUACUCUCUUAGUACAGUGCUCCCCAUGCAGUAUGCACUCAAUAAAUAUGAUGGAUCGGUUGAUUGAACGCGCAUGUGAUUCCCCAGGCCCAGCCCCCACCCAGCUCUUCCCGGGAUCCCAGUCCCGACCGACUUCCUGUAGGCCCAGGAGUUAGGAGAGGCAUCGCUCUUUCCUCCCCAUCUGUUCGAGAGCCUCACGCUCAGUCCCAGAUAGCCUAGCCCAACCACGUGAGCUUUCCUGCCUUGCCCCUCCGCCCUGAGUCCGUACAAAACGGUCAGGAAAACCCGGGAAUGGUUUUUCCCUGUUCGCACCUGUCCUCCCCUCCGCCCCCAUCAGAAUUCCCACCACUGAGGACGAUGCCAAAUCACUACCAUGUUCUCCAAUUCCUUCCCCUUCCCCCUGCCACUUCUGGCCUUUCUCUUGAGGGAGGAAAACCGAUAACAUUCAGCCGGGAACCAUGUGUCCUGAUGCAGCCUGGCUUGGAAAAGCGGCGUGGCUUAGUGGGUAGAAUA